AUGUCGUAUGCUUCGUCCAGCUCGGCCGGAUCGCCGUCAGCCACGAGUCUCAUCAUCACCCUUUACUCUCAGUUCUGCGCCCUCAUCAGCGAGGUACUCGAGUUCAGCAAACUUUCGAUUGCAACCUAUCCCCUUCCAAUGAACGAAUGGAUAGAGUGCCUACAGAGGCAGCCCCUCUCGAGGGCACUCUUCCUCAUCCGCUUCGAAGUCUACAUGGACACCGCGCCGUCGAGCACCGUCGUGCGCAUCACGGGCGGCCGCCUCGGGCACCAGUACAACGUGUUCACGAUCGGCCUCCCCGACGGGCGCAGGACGCACAUCCGGGUGGACUACCGUGACGCACCCAUCGCGCUGGAGUCUAGUUCGCGGCUCGACGUCUCCCUCAGCGACCUCCACGCUUCGCUCACGAAGGACAGCCGCCUCAUCUCGCGCAUCGCCGCUCCGACGCAAGCUGCCGCCGAGGAAGCCGGACCCUCCCUCGCCGCGCUCACGUCCCUCUUCACCGUCGCGUACGAGCACCACAUCCCCCGGCCCUACAGCGUGGUAGGGUACAACUGCUUCUGGAUGACCGACAUGCUCUUCUACGCGACCGCACGGCGAGCACACGCCUGA